AGAAAACAGAAAAACUAUCACAGAGCAGAGAUAAAAUAUAGCUCUACUGCCUUAAAUAUGUGCUUAGAAAUACACUUCUGAUUUAUGUCCUUUUAAAAAUGACGGUUGCUAAUAUAUGCUCCUAAUGUCAAUUUCAAUUUGUCCAUCCUCCUGUACCCAUACCUGAUUCUCCCCAUCUUAGUGGCUGCAUCUCCCCAGACUCGUCUUUGAUUGUUGGAUCAUUGCCAUGGAGCUGGCCUCUCAAGGUCUCCUCAUUUCAUUUGCCUCCUCUUCUGAAUUGCCAUGCCAUUGCUGGGUCCAGACUCUUUUUUACACUGUUAUUUUAAUUGUUUCCUAACUAAUCUCUCUAAGUCCAGCCUGGUCCUUCCACACUACUGACAGAAUAGUCUUUCUAAAAUUAAAAUCUGUUCAUAAAAAUGAGGUUUUGAAUCUUAGUAGUUCCAAUUUAUUGCAGCAUGUAAUUCCAGUGUUCCCUAGUCCAGUAAAAGCCUGCCAAUAUUCAGUAAGUGAGGUCCAAAAAUUACACCACAUAAUAUGCAGAGUGAUGCUGUCUUGAGACUAAUGAAAUAAUCAGGGCAAGUUCAGCCACUUACCGACGGGCAAUUCCAAGGAUUAUUUUGUAAGACUCAGCUAUAGCCCUGUCCUGGCUGCUAGUAGGUGCUACCCUAUGGAGGAACCUCCUCUGGGCUUAAAUAUCACUGAAGAUGAUUCUGGAUGCUUCAUUUGGGCAGGUCUUCUGGGAUAAGCACAUUUUUUAAUAUCGGCUUGAUCUCUGAAUACUGUAACUGGGGAUUACUGAGGACACAGGGAACCAUUCCUUACUUUUCUUAGUUGCUUGGGUCCUGCUCUCUACAAUUUCUUUCUUCUGCAGAAGCUAAAAUGUUUGAGAACAGGAAGUGGGUGGAGGAUGGGAACCAACUGCCAGGCACAUUAUAUCAGAAAACAAGUUUUCAUGAGGCUUUUAAGGAAUCCUGCCAGAAUUUCUAUGAGGCAGACCUGGAGGAGCUGUCCUUUGCUGAAGACACUGAAGAAUGCAGGAAACACAUAAACGACUGGGUGAAGGAGAAGACAGAAGGUAAGAUUUCAGAGAUACUGGGUGCUGGGACAGUCGGUCCUCUGACUAAGUUGGUCCUCGUGAAUGCCAUCUAUUUCAAAGGAAAGUGGAACAAGCAAUUUGACAGGAAGUACACAAGGGGGAUGCCCUUUAAAACCAACCAGGAGAAGAAGACAGUGCAGAUGAUGUUUAAGCAAGCUAAAUUUAAAAUGGGGUAUGUAGAUGAGGUGCAUGCCCAGGUUCUGGAGCUGCCCUAUGUGGGGGAGGAGCUGAGCAUGGUCAUUCUGCUGCCUGAUGACAACACUGAUCUCGCCGUGGUGGAAAAAGCACUUACAUAUGAGAAGUUCAGAGCCUGGACAAAUCCAGAAAAGUUGACUGAGGAUAAAGUUCAAGUUUUUCUUCCCAGAUUAAAGCUAGAGGAAAGUUAUGACUUGGAGGCUUUUCUUCGAAGUUUAGGAAUGAUUGAUGCUUUUGAAGAAGCCAAGGCAGACUUUUCUGGAAUGUCAGUGAGGAAGAACGUGCCCGUGUCCAAGGUCAUGCACAAGUGCUUUGUAGAGGUCAAUGAAGAGGGCACCGAGGCAGCCGCGGCCACAGCUGUGGUUAGGAACUCCCGGUGCAGCAGAAUUGAACCAAGAUUUUGUGCAGAUCACCCUUUUCUUUUCUUCAUCAGGCACCUUGAAACCAACAGCAUUUUGUUCUGUGGCAGAUUCUCUUCUCCAUAAAGAGGUGCAAUUGCUGUUCAUGCACUCUUUUCGCUUCUGACCACCUGCUUUGCUUUAAAUUCCCUUGGACGAAAUUAGUGCUAUGGUUUGAAUGCCAAAAUAAAGUGUGAUUAUGAUCAUAGGACCCACCUCAUAGAGUUGUUGCGAGGAUUAGUGGUUGAUAAAGAGGUUAGCGCAAUCCCUGCUAUAGUAGUACACAGUUGGCAACUAUCAUUACAAGACAAGAGUCAAUUGCAUUUUUAUGCCUCUCAGGAGCAAUAGUUAGAAAAUGUAAUUAAUUUUGUAAUUCUACUAAAAGUAGAAUGUUCUUAGGAAUAAUAAUUAGCAAAAGAUAAGCCAGACUGUUAUGUCGAAAGUUAUAAAGAGCUAUUGACAGCCGUUAUAGACGACCAAAAUAAAUAGAGCUAUUUCAUAUCACAGAAAGUCCUUAAGUUAAAAAAUUGUCAGUUCUCCACUACUUGUUCUAUAGAUUUAAUGUAAUUCUAAUCCACAUUCCAGCAAUGUUUCUUUGGAACUUAACAAGUUUAUUUUAAAAUGUAUAUGAAUAAGCAAAAGGCUGAACAUAUAUAACACAUUUCUAAAGAAAAAGAUCAAGUUGAAGAGCCCUGUUCUACUAGAUGCUGAAACUUAUUAUGAAGCUCUGAUAAUAAAUAUAGUGUGGUGUUUAAAUAGGAGUAAACAAACAGAUUAAUUGUACAGAAUAAAAAGUCCAGAAAUAUACUUAUUCAUAGAUGAAAAUAUGAAAUAGAAUGGAACUGGUAUUGGAGGUCGAUAAAGAAAUGACAACCCAGCCCAACACAGUAUGCUAGGACAACUUCCUUAUUUAAAAGAAGAAAACAAUUAUUGAAAUAUUACUUAAUGAGAAAAGACAAUUUGAUAUGUUUCGUAGGAAAAUGUACCAGAAUACUUUAUGACUUUAGGGAAAGGAGAAGAUAUAUCUGGAAAAUUUAAACAAAGGGGCAGCAGCAGUCAAGCUAUUACUAUCAGAAAAAGUAAACUUUAAGGGAGUGAAUUCAAGUGGAGAAAUGCUGUCAUUUGACAUAGAAAAUGGUAAGGUUCAUAAUGAAGAUAGAAUUUAAACGUCAACAUGCUUCUUUCAAUACUGAACAGAUGAAGAUAAAAACAAUCUGAUGAAAAGCUCAAUAGUAAACUGUACUUCACAAUCAGACCCAUUUUUUACAUUUUCACACCUCUGAAAGUAAGAUAUGUUUUGAUGUAAUUGUCAUUGUCCACACAUACCUGUUUUUAGUCACAAGUGUCUAUAUUUUUUCACUUCAUGUUAUUAUUGGUGCUAUAUAUGUCCUGUAUAGUUGCCUUUAAUUUUUAAAGAUUAUAUUAUUAUUUGGCCUUGAAAAAAAAUUAUUGUAAAUGCUAAAAAUUGUUGAAAUGAAACAGUGAUGUGGAACUUGAUAACAGAGAAGUGAAUAUCCAGGUUUGGAGGAAUGAAUGCAAUUCCCAGUUUUCUUGCAAAGCAAUGACCAUGAUUUACAGGACCUUAAGAAAGGCUGUAUUUUAAGGUUACCUAUCACAAACCAACAUCAAAACUUGCAGAAAAAGUGUCUGAGGCUUGGAAGAAAAUCCCAGAGACAAUAGUACUAUGUUUGCUCAUGUUUGGUAAUGUCCACAUACCAAAGUUCUUGCUGGCACAAUAAAUAUUGUGAUAAAAAAUGAGCAUUUUGGUUUUCAGCCCCAUAAGCACUUAAAAAAACCCAGAUUCUUAAUAUGUUUUUAGGUUAUUUGCAACUUAUUUUGCAAAUAUUGCAUUUUAUGUAUGAACAAGAAUAAGAUCUAACAAAAUAUAUAUCUAAAUGCACCUGAAGGAACUCUUUACAUAUUUAUAAAUAAAAAUUCAAGUGAAAUGAA